AUGCCGGAGGCUCGCAGGGUGGCGCCGGCACCCGACCGGCAGGAUCGCUCGCCACGCACGAUUACGAUGACAAGGUCCCGGGAAUCGGCCGGAACGGCGAAAGCCUCGCCACCUCCCAGAGGCACUCUCUCCGCGCUGGAUGCAACGCAGGCGCGCUCGCGGGAAGAAGAUGUGCGGCCCAUGCAGGUGCUGCCAUGUCUUCCGGUUCAGGAGCUUCGAUCUGCAAUUCAGCCCCUUGCGCACCACCAGCUGCCACCCGAAAGCCGGUGCAGCCGCGAGGCUGCUGACGUGCUUUCUCCUCAUGGUUCUCUCAGUGCCCAGAACAUGCUGGUCCAGGGAAACACCGCCAGCUCCUCGCGUGCCACGGGCGCAGUGCAGGCACCGAAACAGGCGCCGCACUCGCGUCGUGCGAGCACGGAGGCCGUGCCGGGCGGAUCGCCGGGCAAGGCAACCCCAGCCUCUGCAGAGGUUCAAGACUUGUUUCCGUUCUACUUGGACGACAAGCUGCUGGAGAUGAUGAAGCCGAGCGGUCCAAACUGCUCCGAUCCCAUGCUCUCGCUGAAGAGUCGGGUCUGCGAGGAGCUCCGUGUGUUUGCCUUGCUACCCGACGCUGAUUGCCAUCACUGCAGAGGGAAGGACCGGCUGACGAACAUCCCGGUCUUUAAGUCUGGUACGGCGCCGGACGUCCAAGUCCGCGUCCAGCUGGACACGAGCAGCCUCUGGCCCAAGGUCACCGGCAUCCAGUGCAGUUGCGUGGAUGCUCGGAACGAGGGGUCCAUGGCCUCUUGCCCCAAGGAUGCUUCGCUGCCCGAGGCGCACCUCUACUGGCGGCAGCGUGUUCUCACCACCUCCGGCGAUCCUCUGGGCCGGGCAAAGACGCUUCCACCACCCUUCGCGGAGUCACAGUGGCCGGAGGGCAUCGUGGAGUUCUUGACCUCGCUGAUCUCGGACGCUGCGUUGAGCGCCGUGAACCACGGCUUGGGUGACCGGGCGGCUGAGCUCCGGGCGGCCGCCGGAGGCCUGCUCCGUGGCCCCGACCCUGACAUCGCCAGGGUCAUGCAGGACUUCCCGCAACUGGGCACCCUGGAUGCGUAUGCAAAGGCUCAGCGCAGCCCCCUGUUUUUCCUGCAGCUGGCUGCUCCCCUAUGGAUGGCAGCCACCAUCGGAGAGGAGUCUUUGCGCCAGACACUCGAGGAUUACCGCAACCAGGAGGCCACAACGCAAGCUGAGGGAGUUCCCUUGCUUCGAGUGGCUCUCCACACGCCGGUCAUCUACAAGUCUCCACAGAAAGGUGGCAAAUUAUUUUGUGGAGCCAUCCUCAUGUUCGUCCUAGAACAUGUGCAGUAUCUGGACAGCACGAAAGUUGCAGUGGCUCUGGAGCAUCUGCUGGAGUUCCAGGCGGAGCCAAACUCAACCUACGAGAUGUUCCCGAUUGGAAUUAAUUGUGCGAUUGGACAUUUCUCUGCACUUUGCUUGACUGGGAAGAAUCCGCCCAUGGUGGAAGCGCUGCUGGAGAAGCGCGCGGACCCUCACCGCCGGAACCUUCUAAAUUAUUUUCCAUCCGGCUCGCCUCUUUGGACAGCUGUUUGGCGAAGGCAGAAUUUCGCCAUCAGAAAGCUGCUUGAUGCAGCUGACACCAGCGAAGGAGGCACAGAUGCUGAAGGAGUCAACCGGCAUGGGUGGCAUCCUGACCGUGCUCCCCUGGUGGUUGGCCAGAGAGCGCAGGGCUACAACGUCCUCGAGCUGGCGAGCUUGACGAUGGGCCUGGAGCAGGUGAAGCUUUUGGUCGAGAGAAAGGCGAUGCUUGGAGACGAGCUUCCCCACGUCCUGGCAAACUGCCCGGCUGCAACGGCCAGAGUCUUGUCGCAGCAUGUCUUCUGCACUGCAGCGCAUGCCGCUAGCAUUGUCAACGGCAGUGCGCUGGACCAGAUGAACGGCAUGAGGCUAGAGCUCGUUCUUCGCGAGGUGCUGAAACACGAGGAGCCAAGGGCCUGCCUGGAGAAGGCCAUUUUCAAGGCCUCCGAGGUCGAGAAAGUGGAGCAACAUAAGCAGAGGAGGUGGCAGCUGAAGAACCCACAGAGCUACAAGGAAAUGAUGGAAGCUUUGAUAAAG